GCCGGGCGCGCGCUCGCUCAUUUGGCUCCGAGCCGGCCAGCUGAGAGGUUGGUUGUCUUUCUGUCAGUCCCUCGGCUCGCCUUGUGUUUGUGAGAGGAAACCCGCCCGUGAAUUAAAGAAAAGGGGAGUGAUGCUGUGUUUGUGGAGGAGGAGGAAGAGGGAGUUUGCCGCCGUGUGAGUGACUCGCGUGAAGGGAUUCAGAGAGAGCCAAGGAGCGGCAGCGGCGGCCUCUGAGGGGGAGAAAGAAACAAGGCUCGGCCCGAAAGAGAGGCUCCAUGAGCAGCGCCAGGGCCUCGCAGCCCCGGUAGCAGUGGCGAAAUGUGGCUGAGCGGCCGCUGGGCGCUGCUGAGGAUGGGCAGGAGUCGUAGCUGCUGCUGCCGGCUUCUGACGCCCGGCCCUGGCAAAAGACUGUGGCCCCAGCCGCCUCCUGCUUCUCCUUCUUCUUCGUGGGGCUUCUUCCCCGGGAGGCGGUGGCUGGGCACUCACCCCAAGAAGGAGCCCAUGGAGGCGCUGAACACGGCGCAAGGGGCGCGGGACUUCAUCUACAGCCUCCACUCCACCGAGAGGAGCUGCCUCCUGAGGGAGCUGCACCGCUUCGAGUCCAUCGCCAUUGCCCAAGCUUCUAGAUUUCCUAAACCACUGGUACAAUUUGAAAUGUCAAGGAAGCAAAUAGUGCAACCAGAGCCAGACAAGAAACUGGAGGUUGCACCACCAUCUACUGGACAGCUGAAGCACGUGUUCUUCCACAAUGCAAUACCUUUUGUAGGAUUUGGAUUUUUUGAUAAUGCAAUUAUGAUUGCUGCGGGCACGCAAAUAGAACUAUCGAUAGGGAUUGUGCUUGGAAUUUCUACUAUGGCAGCUGCUGCUCUAGGCAAUCUUGUGUCGGACUUAGCUGGAUUGGGGCUUGCAGGUUAUAUUGAAGCAAUGGCCUCUAGAUUGGGACUCUCCAUUCCUGAUUUAACACCCAAACAGGCUGACAUGUGGCAAACACGUCUUAGUGCACACGUGGGUAAAGCUAUUGGAGUGACCAUUGGCUGCCUUUUAGGAAUGUUUCCAUUGUUCUUCUUUGGCGAUGAAGAAGAAAAAAAACUGGAAGGAAAAAAUUAACCUUUUUACAAAGCUCUCUAUAUAAACUAAUGUACCUCAGUUAUACAACUAUGCUGUCAAAAUAUUUAGGAUUUAGCAGACAGUAAACAAUGUAUAGAAUGGGGAACAAAACAGCAUGCCCUUUUAUGGAAACACUAACUUAUUGUGGCUUUGUCUUAGUACAUCUUUUUAUAAGGGGUUUUCAUUUUUAAAAUGUAAAUUGUUGUGUGUGUUUCCCUUAUACUGGCAGUUGACUUUUGCCAUAUCUUUGCCCCUCACCCCACCCAGCCCUGUGUCUCUCUAUUAGGAUUAUUACUUUAAUUGCCUGCCAUCGAUGUCCUGUAUGGGUUUUGGGUUUGCAUAUUUACUUAGCAUUUGGAAAUGCAUGACACAAGUUGCCCAUGGUGCUCACUCAUUAGACCUUCCAUUCCAGACUUCUUGUGUAGCUAGGCAAGAGAUGACUUUAGGAGUGCCUUUACUCUUUUGCUGCAUUUAUUGGUCCUGAACCUCUGGUUUCAAAUUGUGUGCCCAAAACAAAAGUAUUGUUUGAAAUAGUAUCUGGAUAUGUUCUGAAUGAUGGCACAAUUAUAGUGACUGUGUGAAGCCACUUACACAUUUUUUCAGACUUUGUUAUGCUGUCUCCAUCCCAUAAUUGCAUAAAUGCAGCAGCUGAGAACUCCAGAGACCUAAAAAUUGGCAUCUGAAAUAGUUUGCAUGCAACACAGUUAGUGUAUGAUUUGGAAAUGAUGAUUUGUUCAUCAGUUAGAAUUGGAAAGCUGUAGAAAAUGUUUCUCUAGGGAUUCAUAAUGGUCUCUGUACAUGGAUUUCUAAUGCUACACACUGUCUACUCCCAAUUAUGUGUGGAAUACCUUUUGAAAAUCAGACUUAGUUGGUAUACUUGUGCUGCCAUCUUUAUUUGAUUCUCAAAAAACAGAGAGAAACAAACAUUCAUCUACCUUCUUGAAUUUGAAGCAUUUGGGGGAAAACCCAUCAAAGCUAAGAGUUCUGAAGACAGUGUUGGUUUAUGUAGUACUGCUUCUACUUGUUGACCUCAGGUGAAGAAAAAGCAGCAUAUGAUGCAAUGUGACACGCAGAGAGUAAGGCUUAGAGGAGAGUGAAGGAAAGUGCAAGAUAAAAUAAAAUAAGACAUAACUUUCUAAAAUGUGUUACUCUGUGAAAUGAAUUUCAGUGUGCCACCUUUGAGCCUUUCUUGUUUUAGGAAUUGAGAAGUAGUAAAGUUAGUGUCCUUGUCUCUUUGAAUACUAACUGGGGAGGGAUGCUGGUUUGGAUUGGUCUCAGAUAGCUUUUGUUUUGGUCUGGAUGAGUAGAUCUUACAUGAAUAAUGUAACCUACAGAAAUAAACUUGUUUACUUUUCAUUUAUUAGAAAGACAUAAGGGGCUUCUUUUCAUUUUGACUCACUGUGUUUGUGUCCACACUUGGUGUCCAAUAUCUAAAGCAGCUUUUGCCUGUUGGGAUUUCAGUAGAGAAUAGCGAUCAUUUGCCAUGUUAUGAAAAAUAAAUUGUAACUUGAAUCUGGAACACUUAUAUUGAAUUUCUGAAUACACAAGAACAAAUAACAGGAAAAGGAUGGAAUCUUAAGUUGUUUUAUGAUAUUGUGUUUUGAUAUCCAUUUUUAAACUCUUAAAUUGGUAUUAGACUAUGAAGGUAAGCCAUGUUUAUAAGCAGUAAAGACAAGUAAGCAAACUUGAAGACAAGUAAGCAAACCUGAAAUCAGAUUAAAUUGAAAUCAGUGAGAUGUCUCAUGAAGCUAGCUAGGGAGUGAGUAGACAAUUCAGCAUAGUUAUUCUAGAAUUUGACUCUUCUCCCUCUAGCUUGUCAGCUGGUCAGGAGAGAAUUGACCUGACUUGCUCUUGUGCCUUUAACAGCAGUUUGAUCUGUAGAUAUCAGUAGAUUAAUUUUUCACAACAUGAAGAAUUAUUAUCACUUUAUUAGUGCAGUGCUCACCAUUUAAAAGCUCUAUACAUCUUGGACCCUAUGAUUCAAGGACUGCCAUCUUCUACAUGAAUCUGUUCGUACAGAAAAAAAAGAACCAUAGAAUCCUAGAAAGACCCUUUUCUACAUGCUUUUACCUUCAGAAGUUAGUGGAUGAAACAGGACAGAUUCUACUUUUGAAACCCUGUUAUGUGUUACUUUACUUUUAUAUUGCUAGCCAAAAGCCUUUUAUUUUUACCUUUUACAUUUCUUGUCAGUCGUUGUUUUAGCUGGCUUCCACUCCUGUCUUAUUUGUUGUAAAUUGAGUUUAUAGUCUUAUUUCUUUUGGGUUUGUUAACUACCUAGAGACUAUGCAUAUUUAUGACUGGUAUUUAAAAAAUACAAAAGCACUAAAUGCAUCAUGAUCAUGUUAAAUGUACACUUAUGAAAGUUAAACGAAGCUUCUUGCUCUAGCAGAAUCCUAGUGACUGCCACACAGCAGAAUUUUUAAAAGCGUAUUUCAGUAAAUCCAUAGGGAUUCCAUCCCCUCCCCACUCCAAAUAUAUUCCAAGCUAAGAAACAUCUUGAAAGUCCUAAAUAUUUUACCUGGUCACAAAAAUUGUGCUUCAGCCUUUGCUGUCCUACAAAAUAAGCAUUAUGUUGAAACUACAGUUUGAAUAAGAAAGUGGCAAUUGUCUAAUAGUAAUGGGCAAACUGUGGUGCAUGGCGUACACUUAGCCUACAUCGGGUGGCAAGUUGCAGCUGUAGAUGCCCCUGAGAUUCCAUUAUUCCCCAGAUUAUAUAAAAAUAUCAUGAAAUAGAUACAUUGUCCACCCUGGAGACUUCCUCGACACUGUCUUCCUGGAGGCUACAUAGAAUAAGCAAUAUCUUAAAUCCUCCUCCAAAUCCCAGAGGUUUGGGGCUGAUUUUUCAGAGCAAGAAUAAUAGCUGUACUCUAUAUGUCAGAGGUGGACAGGUGCAUAGGAUUCAGAUUUUCUAGGCCUUUCAGACCCUGCAUGUUGACCUCUUUUGUUCAAAAUCUGAAGUGAUUAUCCAGUUAUUUCUGUUUCGGAAAGAUGAUUAUUUCAGGUCCCUUCAAAACUAUCCCCCACCAAAAGCUUCAAUGGCACUUGAGGGCUUAUGUGGCAUGCAGUUAUUUGAUUUAAAGAUGAAUAUUAAUAGAAAAGAAAUGUCUGCUGUUCCAGAGCCAUUGGUGACCUGGACAAUUUCUACCCCUGAAAUAUACAGCCAUCUUUCAUCUGACUGCACAGAUGCAGUUUCUCAAGUUGCUCCUGAUAUGGAAAAUAAAAUCUGACUACAACUCUGGUAAUAACCUGAACAUAGCAUAGCUUUUCAGGUCAUAAUGCUAGAUGUUUGGAAGCCGAUCUGACUAUAGGGAUCUACAGAAGGAGAUGAAGAAGAUGGAAUGACCUGAAAGAAGAAGAAAUCAUUUUUUUACCAUGCUUGUUGCACUUCCCCUUUCCAUAUAAAUCUGCAUUUUCCAGCAUGAAUUCCCAGGUACAUAUUUACUGCAAUUGGGAAUAUCAACUCAGGAAGUUGACUAUUUAAUGAACUCCUAUAUUCAAUAUAAAACAGUAGAUGAAUGUAUGCAGCUCCACUGUACACUGAUUCCACCAGGUUGUAUUUGUAAAGUUUUGAAUGACUGCAGCUUCUACUGAAAUAAUUUGUUGACUUUUCUCAAAUAUUCUUCUAUUUUUACCUCCAACUUAUUUUAACUUCCCUGCAAUAUAAGGUAUUUGUGUGGUGGUAAGGCGACUAGAAGGCAUACACACACACACACACACACACACACACACACAAUAUCCAGGGAGUAAUCUGCUUCCUAUGACUUGACUGACGAUCUGGAAUACUAAACUUUUGCCCAUACUUUUUUGUUGAAAUGAACUAAAUCCUAGUCAAAAGUUGGCUAGUGUAUUUGUUUGCAUUAUGAAAUGUACUAUCAAGUUCCUAUAAUGUAGUUCAUUGGUUUAUGCAUGUAAAUUUGAUGCAAUUUGUUGAUCUUAUAUGUCAAACUAUUGUACUGAGACCAGUGUUUUUAACAAGAAAAAAUUAACUAAAUCUUAUAAAAACAUGUGUUUCUGUAUUAAGUAUUUCUUGCCCUGAAAUUGCAAUAUGAUCUAAACUAAUUCUUUGGAUCUGUCAGGUAAACAACUUGUGAUAUUUAAAUGGGCCAUUAGGAUCAAGGAAGAGCUCCAACUGGCAGUGUCAGAUAGGAUUUCAAAUUGUGUGUGUUAUAUUAGGAGAUGUAAGCAACAGUGUUUCGUCAGACAAAGGUAAUAUGACCAUUCAGUCAGCAAGAUAAUAAAGUACUGUAGUAAUCUAUAGUACUUGAGUUUUCUUGUGGAGAGAAAAAGCAGAAUAUAGAUGAUGAUGAUGAUGAUGAUAAUAAUUUAAUAAUAAUAAUUCUCUAUUAUUAAUCCAAAGCUUCACCUCAUUAUACUGCAGAUUUCUUCACAUAAAUGGGAGGGUAGGAAACAAUAAGAAUGUAGUAUGGAAAAUGUUGAAAAUUUUUUCCUCAGCAUGGAAUGUCAGGUAAUAUAUAUUACCUGACAUUCCAUUCUGAGGAAAAAAAUUUCAAUUUAUAUAAAGUAGAGCAAAGCUAGAGUGAGAAGAAAGAGUUGUAGGAUUUAAGUAGCAAGAAUAUAUCAGGUGCUAACUAGGAUCAAAUUUUAUAAUAUAUGAAAUUCUGGCAGCAGGACCUGCUGAAAUUCUUCUUUCAUUUUUGCUAAUAAUGUACUUUUGCCUUUGGUCUCUUUAAUUACAUUGAUUUAUGUUUUGGGCCUAAUUUUUAUAUAUACUCAUGAUUUUGAAAUUAGCAAUGAUUCUUGAGGCGGAAAAAGGAAAUAGACCUUGGAUUAAAAAUACACAUCUUAAUGAAAUUACUGACUCAAUAUGUCAUGGUUGCCAACAUUUGCUUUUAAAUAAAGGAAUAAGUAUGAAAUUUGA